GAGACGCUUGACACGGGAGCGGUGUGGGAUGGGAGCAGAGAGAGGAGAGAAGGAGCGUCCUACAUGCAGUCCUGCCACAACCGAGCGGAGCAGCAGCAUCGAGCCACUGCGAGAACACUGAGGAGCCCGAGCCCGUCCGAGCCUCCUCUACAGCUGGAUCACACUCACCUGAAGGCCGCAGAGUACCACAGGGAUUACAAACCAGGAGGAGCAGUCUGACAGCGCGGACGAACUUAUUUGUGAAAGAUAGGAGAACAAAACUCUUCUGCGCUUUCCCCAAAACUCCAACGCACAACUCCGCUUCUGCAAGUGCACUUAGACCUUGUGUGGCCUUAUGACAGACACUUCAUUUUACUGACAAAUUAUCACUCAUCACUUCUAUUCCGCUUUGUCAGCGGGGCAGGGUCGCCUGUGAUGGACACUGAUUUGAUGAAGAAUGUGUCCACUGUGCGUGCAUGAGCCUCUCUGUCAGCACCUCUGAUAUUUUUGUGGAUUUCGGGGAAAUCUUUGGACUUUGAUUUCUAACAACAUAAGCUGAACGUUUCACCUCCAUCCAACAUGCGACCCAUCCCAUCCAAACUCAGCUAUCUGUUUCUACACUUAUUUGCAUUCUGCUACUAUGCUCAGGUAACCAAUCAGUCCCCGCCUAAUUUCACGCAGCAUGUAAGCGAGCAGAGCAAAGUGACGGACCGCGUGAGCCGCAGAUUGAUCCGGGUCUACCAAUUGUACAGCCGGACCAGCGGAAAACAUGUGCAGGUCCUGCCCAACAAGAAGAUCAACGCCAUGGCCGAGGACGGAGACGUGCACGCUAAACUCAUUGUGGAAACGGACACAUUUGGGAGCCGAGUGCGCAUCAAGGGAGCUGAGACGGGCUUCUACAUCUGCAUGAACAAGAGGGGGAAGCUCAUCGGCAAGACAAACGGACAAGGCCGCGACUGUAUCUUCACCGAGAUCGUUCUGGAGAAUAACUACACUGCGCUGAGAAACGCCCGCUAUGAGGGCUGGUACAUGGCCUUCACCCGCCGCGGGAGGCCACGGAAAGGCUCACGGACGCGCCAGCACCAGCGCGAGGUCCAUUUCAUGAAGAGGCUGCCGAAGGGGCAGCAGCCCUCCCACCCAAGCCACCACGGCCCUUUCGACUUCAUCCACUACCCCUUCAGUCAAAGGACUAAACGUACACGAUACUCGUCAGAGCACUGAGGAGGGGGAGGGAGAUAGAAAAGACAGAAAGAGAAAGAGGAGAAACUGAGAGACUGACUGAAUUACCAGCAGCCGACACACUCCUCUGCUCUUCAAAAACAACCUCUAGAAGUUUUUAUACUGAGCAUUACUAUAUCUUAAUAUGUGGUUUCUUUUCUAUUUUUCUCGAAGUAAAAAAAAAGCUGUACAUAGACAAAAAAAUGAGAAAUCUAUUUUUGUACACCAGACUUAGUACUGACCUGUGUAAAAAACAAAACAAAAAGAGAAGUUUGUCUUUAGAUGCACAUAACUCAUUGUCUGACUUAUCGGGGACAUCUUAGUAGAGUGCGUUGUGUUGUUUUAUUUUAUUUCAUUUUGACCACUGGAGUCAUUUUUUGGACUCUCGCCUGCUGCUCAAGGAGACUUGAAGGGCCCUGAGUGACCGCACUGCCAGGGAACGCUGCGUUCACAGACACAAACUGUCACACACUGCGUUGGAGAGUGCCAGGGUUCAGUAAACGUUGCAUAAACACGUGGCGGUAACGCUGCAGUGUUUAAGCUUUUUGCUAGAUGCUGCAUCCUGACUGGGAUCAUUCUGUAUCUUUCUCACACAGCUCAAGCUAACAGAGCUUUAACAGCAUCUGAUGGAACAAUGUGGCAGCUACAUUUGAUAAUCACAGGUUUCCUGUUCUGACUGUAAUGUUGAUGUGUACAAAAUGCAUUGAAGUGUAAGGAACCCCUCGACACACCCAUUCCCCCUCACCCUCUUGUGUUCUUGUUGCCCCCUGAAUGUCUGUUUUUAUACAUAUAUAAAAUAUAUUUUUAUUUGAGGAUGUGUAAAAUAAUUUUAAGGAUGGAAUAUUUAUUUAAAAUGUGUAAUAAAUGUACAUUAAAAUACUGAUAUUAAACUCUUGUUUGGUA